AUGGCACCUGAUUCUGUUGUAUUAUAUUUGGAUUUAAUAUCCUUUGAAUCAGAAUUAUUAAGUAGUAAAAUCAGAGAUGUGCCAAUGAAGGAUAAAUUUAAAUUGAUAUGGAAUCCGAUUUAUUAUUCCUUUGCUUAUAUAGAUGAAGAAGAUGUUGCGGAGGAUGAACAAUUAGAGAGAGAAAAGUUUGACUAUCUCCUGAAGAAUAUUUACUCGGGUGAAUAUAUGUUUAAUUUAAUGACCAAUGCAGAUAUUUGGAAGAUUGAUUUAAUUAGAGAUCAAACAUUUAUUAUAAAACAGCUUACGCAAAUAUCUUGGGAAAAGUUUGCUGAAAUUUCUACUAGAUUGAAUCUUUGGAAAUUGAAAUCAUUUGCUGAGAAGUUUGUGGAAUGUUUAGGAAGAUAUGUACUCGUAUACAUACCUAUUGAAUUAAGAAGUAAUAGAAAGUUUAUGUUACAUGCUAUUAAGCUGGAUAGACAUGCUCUUGGAUUUGCUUCUGAAGAAAUCAGAAAUGAUAGGGAAAUUGUAAUGGAAUCUGUUAAACAAACUGGAUGGGUUCUCAAGCAUGCAUCUGAUGAAUUGAAAAGAGACAAAACAAUUGUUCUUCAUGCUGUUAAGCAAAAUGGGCAUGCACUUCAAUUUGCUUCUGAAGAAUUGAGAAAUGAUAGAGAGAUUGAUGGAGGCGGUUAA